AUGUUCAAGACCGCUGGCGAGAUCACCACCGACUCCGACGAGGACUAUUCCGAGAUCUCUGGCUCAGACAGAGACGAGGAGAUCACAUGGAUCGAGUGGUUCUGCCACUUGAAGGGCAACGAGUUCUUUGUGGAGGUGGAUGAAGAUUACAUUCAGGAUGACUUCAACCUCACUGGUCUCAGUGCGCAGGUUCCAUGUUAUGAAGAUGCACUGAAUAUGAUCCUGGAUUUCGAUGAUCAGGAUGAUUCACGAGUGCAAGAUGAUCAGCAGCCCCUAGUGGAAACUGCUGCGCAGAUGCUCUAUGGGCUGAUUCACGCGCGUUUCAUCUUGACGAGUCGGGGAAUGGCAGCUAUGCUGGACAAGUACAACUGCUACGUGUACGGCAAGUGUCCAUUGACGCAGUGCGAAGCCAUCAAUCAGGCUGUGCUGCCCAUCGGUAUGUCUGAUCUCCUACGGCAGAGUGCGGCCAAGGUCUACUGCCCACACUGCCGGGAGAUCUACUUCCCCAAGUCAUCCAAGCUGGAAUGUCUCGAUGGUGCCUAUUUUGGUACGACCUUCGCACACCUCUUUUUCCUGACAUAUCAGCAGCUGGUUCCCCCAACCAUGCCUGCGCCACAUUGCCCCCGCAUCUAUGGCUUCAAGAUCCACAAGAGUGUCAAGGAGAACUUGCGCCGGCAGUGCGAGCGUGCACAGAAGCAAGCUCUGCCAAUGUUCAGUGGGAAGUCGGCGGGCUCCCAGGACCGAACCGCGGAAGGAUGCCCUGGAGAUCCUUUGGAAUACAUGCAACCAAUGGCCGUGGCCUUACGUGGCCUUACGGGUGAACAAGUCUUAGAGGAUGAAGGCCGCCGCUGCGUCUUAUCGUCCUUGGCGGACUUGGCUGCCAGCCCUUUGGAGAAGAGGUCUAUCGAUGACCUGAUCCAGCUUGGCAAAGCCAGUCACAAGGAGCGCGCCUUGCAAUUGCAUGAGACCCUCAAGGUAGGCCUGGCUCGCUGUGCCAUGAGGCUCGCCAACCUGCCGCUGGGCUUUUGCCACGCACCAAGCAUAAGACGUGUUUCGUCAACGUACGUCCAGAACUUCAAGCAGGUGAUGGACUUCGAAGACAAACAUGGUGUCGAGGGUCUCGCCAGCGAGGAGUACCAUGGCAUCACGAAUGGCAUUUUCAAUCAGCACCGUGGGACCAUGCUGGAUGUCGCAAAAGGUGUCUUCGAGUUCAAUGAGGACUUGAAUCAGCUCUUUGGGCCAGACCUGGAGCUGGCGGAGCUGAGACAUCUGCAGCUCAUCCAGGACAUUGAAGAGUCUUUGGAUGAGUUCUUCACGAACCGAUUGACCUUACGCCUGAUGAUCUCGCAUAUCCAAGCGCUCAAUGCCAACAAGACCAUGAACAGCGACGGAGAGGCCAUGGUGGGUGUGGUGAAUGUCAGCACUCAUCCAAUCACGAUCCUCUCCAGGGCGUACGUGGCCACACGCUUCAUGUGCAUGCGUGAUUUUCAAACAGCGCCGGAUCUCCUGGUGAAUGGGACCAUGCAUGAUGAGUAUGUGCAGCAGGUGGGCAGAGGCCAUCAGGAGAAAGGGAGACGGACCUCGGUCUCCUCAGCCUAUGGUGAUCCCAGUCGGAUACCCGGUGAGACCUGUGUGAUCCAACCGGAGAGAAGCCGGCCCUUGUGGAGAUGGGAUGCGGUCUGUGGAAUCUUGCUGAUCGCUGUGGCCAUUUGCACACCUUUUGAAGCUGGCUUUUUGGAGACGGAGACGUUGUCCUUCAUGGGUGUUUUGAAUAUCAUCACCAACGUCUUCUUCAUGAUGGACAUGUUCAUGCAGUUCUUCAUCGCAUACCCAAUCGAGACCAGAUAUGGACCUCGUUGGGAAUAUCGGAAGAGACUCAUCGCGCUACGCUACCUGAAAGGAUGGUUCACGAUCGACCUGGCCAGCACUUUGCCAUUGGACUUCCUCUCACCUGGCUCUGGCCUUGGCCUUUUGCGCACCAUUCGUAUGCUUAGGUUGCUGAAGCUCUUGCGGUUGGCACGAGGCAUCCGUGUGGUUCGGCGAUAUCAAGCGGAAGUGGGACUUUCCUACCGCAAGUUCACGCUGUAUUUGCUUUUCUUCGCCGUUUUGGCGGUCUCACACUGGUUGGCCUGCACACUGGGUGUCAUCCACAAGUUUCAGAUCGAGGGCGAGAUUUGCAGCAACUCUGACAUGUACGCUGGCCGUCCAGAUUGCUCCACUUCUUGGAUGACGGAAGCCUUCAGACAUCAUGCCAAUGCCGAAUGGGAUGACAGUGAGACUCCACAGAUUGAUGUCUUCGACGCCUAUGUGAUGGCCUUCUAUACGGGCAUCACCAUCUUGGUGCACCCUCAUGCAUAUGAUGCAAUCAACACUGCAGAGCGUCUCCUGUUCACGAUCUUGCUGCUGAUCGGUGGCUUUAUGUGGACCCAAGUGAUCUCGCGUUCGACAGCAAUCGCUUCGUCCCUGAAUGCUCACCAGUUGGCACAUCAGCAGACCAUGGACGACCUCAACAACAUCGCUGACAGGUUGAACUUGUCCCGCGACAUGAAGAUCCGGUUGCGUAAGUUCUUCUUACGUUCAACCGCUCAGCAUGAGUACGAGGCGUGGCAAGAGAUCCUCAAUCGGAUGUCUCCACAGCUGCGCCGGGAUACCUACCGCGAAGUCAAUGUGCAUUGGGUGAAGAAGGUGCGCUUCUUCGACUCUUGUUCCACGAGCUUUUUGAUCGGCAUCGCAGAGAUCCUGGAAAUUAAAAUGUUUGGAGAACAGGAACACUUUGGACAACUCUUCCACAUGUACAUCAUGAUGGGUGGUGCAGCCUCUAGGGUGGUGAACUUCACUUUGCUGCUGCCGGGAAUGGUUUGGGGUGAAGAUCACCUGCUGCUGUCCAACCCGGACUUGGUGGCCAGCAAUAUCGCCGUGUCGCUCACGGUGGUGGAAGUGCAGGAGCUGGCGAAAGCCGGCUUCGACGCCGUAUUGGAAGACUUUCCAGAGCACGUGCAAGAUCUCCGCCAGGUAGUGGUGAAGUAUAUCUUCAUGCGCGGUCUCAAGCGAUUGGCGGCAUUGACUCUUCAAAGAAGAGAACAGUUGGAGGCCGCUGCGCGAGGGGAGUCCGCAACAGAGUCGGAGACGUCCGAAGGUGCGUUGAGACACUUAAGAUCUCCAACUGCAUCGGCCUGGGACAAGAUGCUGGAAGAGAGCCCUGGCACUCCUCAGCUUCGAAAUUCCAAGACUCAGGAACUGGAUGCUCAUGCUCAAAGCAUGAAGGAUGGCGCACGCUUGAUCAGCAUGCAGUGGAACAAAGCCCAGAAAGGUGCAAGCAAAGAUGGAUCACCAGCUUCGCCGGCUACGCCGGCGACGUCAGGCCACCUGCCCUCAAAGUCUGAGGUGCGAGAUGCCAAGGAGAAGGUGAAACAGGCGAAGCGGAAGCCCAUCCAGGACGCCAGCCAAGCGGCUGCAGUGGCCUGGUAUUCUCCCAUGGACGCCGCUGCCGCGGCGACCGCUGCGGCUGUCUCAGUGGCAGAUCAUUCGCAAGUCGGAGAUACCAUGAUCGAAGAUUGGAUCAACCGACAAGACGAGCUGGAAGAAGGCGUUUUCAAACGGCUCGAUGAGGUUAGUGAGCAGAUCUACAGUCUCUACGAAAUGAUGCAGGAGCAGCAGGACCUUUUGCAGCAGCAAUUGGUGCCGCAGAAGGAAACUCCUGAAGCUCCUCUGGAGCAGAGAUCGUUGCCAUCUUCAGAGCACUUCGAUCUCUUUCGGACCACGCCGAAGAUCCCGAAGAAGCCGGAUCUGCAGCUGCGGGAUGAGAUGCCCAGCUAUGAAUGA